AAGCCAAAUGUUGGCCGCAUGACGUAUGCCCCUCUCCUGUGGCCUCUUCCGUAAUCACUGUCGCGUCAGGCAACCUGCUCCGCCUACUCCCGUCCCCGUUAAACGCUAAGCCUCUCUGUGUAUAAGUAGCUUACCUGCUUCACAUACCAGCCCAAGCAACCAGCAACUACCCAGACACUCCUAAUAUUAAAUCCUGCUGUUGGAACUAUCAAGCCGAAACAGUCACGCAACAACAACCUAACGAUCGCCAUGCCUUCCUACAUCGUAACCUGCAAGCAGGACGCGACCGCCGAGGAUGUCGAGAGGGUCAAGCAACAAGUUCGGGACCAGGGCGGCCAGAUCGGCCAUGAGUAUGCGCUGAUAAAGGGCUUCCAAGCUAUUUACCCGGAAGGCACUGUCCAAACCCUCGGCGAGCACGAGCACGUCCAGCAUGUCGAGGAGGAUGCGGAAGUUCGGACGCAAUAGUUAGCUCCUGGUGAGGAUGCGGGGCAAUCAUCGCGGGGCUGCGGACUUUCAGCUGCAAGUUCAGCUGCCGGCUCGGGCAUUGGCGUUAAUUAACUACCUCAAGCAACAAAUCAAUCUCCGUAAGAGGUGUAAUGGAUUGUGCUGUAUAUCUGAUCGGCCCUCCUGAGACAGAAAUCACCUUCCUUUUGACAGUAGCUGCAGUACCUGUCCCUUCUGUGACAAUAUCAAACCACUGUCCCGAACG